UCCUUGGAUGCGCUCCCCACGCUGGAACCAGUACGUGGGGCAGAACACCUUUCGCAGACAGAGAAAGAGGUUGGGAGCCAUGGUAAUGAAGAGUGAUGAAAGACUUUUGGACGACACAAUGUCGUGAGAGGUUGAAAACUUCUGAGAUGAAGAACGGAGAUCAAGAACGCUCGCUUGCUGAUGGAGAAGAUAUCAAGAAAAAAGAGGAGUUGCGAGUAGCAACGGCUGGUUAUAAGUCGACGUGCAUAUUGAACAAACAAGCAAUAGAACCUGAGAGUAAAAGAGGAAGGAGAGGAAGAUGUCAGGCAACAAUCAAUAAUCGCCGAUUGUGCCCCCAAGUGCCUCAAAAGAGGAAUAGGAUUCGUCGAGACUGCCUCCGAUGGGACUGCGUGGUGGUCAGGGGGAAGGCAAGAGCGAGAUGCACGACACGCUGUAACGAUGCGGUGUGUGCCAGUGUAUAUGUAGACGUGCCUGGCGACAGUCUAGGCCCCAGGAGGAGGACAAGGUGGUUUUGUUUUUCUUUCUUUCGCGAAGCCGGAAGGAAGCAAAAAAUCUGGAUUGAGACGGGCUUUAAUGAUUGGAGUUGGGACUGAUCGACAGGUCGAGUAGACAAGGAAGCUGGAGAGAGGGGCCGGAAGACGCCUAAAGCACCAGGGGUAGGCGUAAACAGCUCUUUCUUCUAAGAUUGGCUUCUUAGAACCGCAUGGUGGCAGGCUGGCUUCUGACUGGACGGGAAGUAGGAGGUAGUCCUUUAGUAUGCCAGUCACAUCCGACGUAUCUGGGAAAGAAAAAAAAGGAAAACGGCGGCCACAGGAUUGGAUUAAAAAGAGGCAGGAAUAAAGGUGGUGCGCGCUUCUGGGGCGGUCUGAGGUCAGACCGUCAACCCCAAAAGGGACAGGACACGAAGGAAAAGUGGGUGGGUGGAAAAGGUGGAAAUGGUGGAAAAGUGGAAAAUGCAAAAAUUUUCU